AUGUCGAUCUUGCGGCCCCCUUACUUUUUCAGAAUUCACGAGAUCCGCGAGAGAAGUGAUAUACGCCCCCACGCGGAUAGUCGAGGACACUGGAUCCCAUGCAGCGACCCCGGGGCGCAUGUACGAGUCCAAGUUGGUGCAUCGGGCAAGUACUAUUUUUGCAACGGACAGCAAAUCUACGAGGUUACGCAGCUACCUCAAGGAUGUGCGAAAUAUAAAACGUUCUCGAUGUACUAUGCUGGAGGACAGGGCUUCUUGGUGUUGAGGGGAGAUGCAAGGAAGCCCAGACCCGACGAGACAUGGCAACCGCUCCAAUUUGACCACGAUGAAAACGACUACUCCUCCUUUUUGACAAAUGCGGGAGAGCAGCAAAUCCUGCGUGUUCAGCGUCCCGACCAGCAGUGGCCGAUGCUGCUCCUCCCUGAUAUUUACCACACCAGUACUCGUACUCAAGCUCGACAUUACGGAGGGAUCAAGGGGGAACUACCCAUUUUCCUAGCCCUGAUUGCGUUUUCCACUCUAGCCGAAUAUCUUCCAAAUGUGUUGCCUCUCGUUUUCACAGGAGGGGCGUGGCAGGUCCAUCAAUACCGAUACCCUCGUACGAUGUCUCGAGACAUCCCAACGCAAUUCAUGCUGAUCCAUUCAGGAACAAACCGUCGUGGUGUCGUCGUUACAGUAUAUACCUGUCCCGAGAAUCUGCACGGAGGGUCUACCGAGGAAGAUCUCGAAGACUACGAACACGGACUUUAUGGGAAAUAUUUCGACUAG